AUGGAUUCCUCUGGAGAAGUAGCAAUCAUUCUUUCAAGCUCUGUGUUUCUGUUUCUCUUUUUAGCUCUCAUCAAGAUCUUUCACAAGCUAUGGUGGAAACCAACAAGCAUACAGAGGCUGAUGGCUUUGCAGGGCAUCAAAGGCCCUGCUUACAGACUUGUCCAUGGAAACACCAAAGAAAUCUUCAACAUGCAAAAUGAAGCCAUGGGCAAGCCCCAAGGUUUAUCACAUGACAUAUUUUCCAGAGUUCAACCUCAUUUUCACUCCUGGAUCAAGUUAUAUGGGAAGAAUUUUCUUCAAUGGUAUGGUCUUCGACCUCAAUUGAUCAUCACGGAACCUGAGUUGUGCAAGGAGAUACUGAAUGACAAAGAUAGAGCUUAUCCGAAAAGCAAGCCCAAAAGCUUUGUGAAGCAGCUACUGGGAGAUGGACCUGUGACAACAACCAACACUGAAAAAUGGGGAAAAUUGAGAAAGGUGGCCAACUAUGCUUUCCAUGGAGAAAGCUUAAAAAGUAUGACUCCGGCAACGAUAGCUAGUGCUGAGAUUAUGCUUGAAAGGUGGAAAAAUCAGGAUGGCAAAGAGAUUGAGAUGUUUGAAGAAUUUCGGUUGCUCACCUCAGAAGUGAUUUCCAGGACAGCAUUUGGCAGCAGCUACUUAGAAGGGGAGAAGAUUUUUGAGAUGCUGAUGAAGUUAUCCUUCUUAACUUUCAAAAACUCUUUGAAACUCAGGAUUCCUGGUAUCAGAUGAGAUGACUAUGAUCAUCAAUGAGACUCUGAGGUUAUAUCCGCCUAUUGUUGCCCUUGAGAGGGAAGCUGAAAGAGAAGUUAGGCUGGGAAACCUCAUUAUCCCUGCUACUGUUGAACUCGUCAUUCCAUCUUUAGCAUUUCACCAUGAGCCUGGAUUCUGGGGACAAGACGUGCAUCUUUUCAACCCGGACAGAUUCUUUGAAGGGGUUGCUAAAGCUACUAAGAAUAACAUAGCCACAUUCUUACCAUUUGGUAUGGGACCACAAAAUUGUGUGGGUUUGAACUGUAGGAAAUAUGAGUGCUAAAUUGCUAUAAAAUAAAUAAAUAAAAACUACAAACAAAACAGAUUUUUACAACAGCAUAAUGGAAUUAAAAGAACCUUAAUUGAGUCGAGGCAAGUGUUGGACACUCUGACCUUAAGACGAAUUACCCCACACUGGUGCUUAUGGUUCACUAGCGUUCGCCUCCCAAGAUACAACGACUCCCCUCCUUAUGAAAGAAGCACUACAAUUCGCAAGGAACUUUGAACCAAAAUUAUGCAGGAACCUCUCUUUAUGAAACUCUAAUGCUCUAUAUGUUUGAAAGUAUGU